AUGGCAACUGCGACAUCAGUGAAGGAGGCAAUUGCCCACUUUGAGGAGGCGGAGUACGUCCGCCGCACCCGUGAGAUGUCAGAGGAGGAGAAGGCGAGUGCGCCGCGCGUUGUGGCCGCGGAGGAGCCAAGGGUCCUGCUCAUUGGGAUGUUGCCGCCAAUUGUGAAGAUGGACAAGGACAUUGCGACGCUCGUGAACUGCGAGCACCUUGGCCUGUCGACGAAUGGCAUUGAGAAGAUUGGCCCCGGGUUGAAGGAGCUGAAGAAGCUUAAGAUACUCUCGCUUGGGCGCAACGCGAUUCGGAAAAUUGAGCAGCUUGACAUUCCGCAGCUAGAGCAGCUGUGGAUGUCGUAUAACAAGAUUGACAAGCUUACGGGCCUGGACAAGCUGAAGAGCCUCAGGGUCUUGUACAUGAGCAACAACCUUAUCAGCAGCUGGACGGAGGUUGAUCGCCUGGCCAACCAGUGCCCGGAGCUGGUGGAAGUUCUUUUUUUGAACAACCCAAUUUGCAGCAACGCGCCGUCAAUGCAGGAGUACCGGUACAUGAUACUGCAGCGUCUCCCCAAACUGACGAAACUGGACGGAGUGCCGGUGGAUCCGGAGGAGAAGGAGGAGGCGGAGCGGCGACGCUGA